AUGUACGGAAGUAAUCCCUUCGCUGGUGGCUUUGGAGAAUUAGCCUCGGAUUUUGCCAUCAACAGUCUCGUACCUGGUGGAUUGAACAGUCCAAUGGGAAUGAUUGUUGACAAUAUGUUCGGUGGAAAUCCAAAUGGUGGAUUUGGAAUGGGUGGAAACUUUGGAAUGGGGGGUGGAAUGGGUGGUGGAUUUGGAGGUCAUCAUCCCUAUGGCGGAGGUUUUGGUGGAGGUUACAAUGGUGGUUAUGGAGGUGGUUAUGGGUAUUAUUAA